AGUAUAGACCCGAUACUAUCGCACCGCGUUUUGUUGGGUGCGACUUCUCACGCAUCUGGCAAAGCGGAUGGAUCGCGUACUGCUGCUGCUAAGUGGUAAUCGUGGCGCAGCGUAAAGUGAGGUUAAUUCUAUUGGAGCAGUACACGGUUUGCAACAGGAUCUUCGGGCAGGUGUUCUGCUGUAGCGCAUGUGAUCUGUGAGCCAUACCGACAGGCUAGUAGCUUCAUCUCCUGCCAGUGUCAGUGUGCGAAUCUUGCCACCCAACAAUACCUUCGAGUACGAUUAAUUAGUGCCCGUACACCAACAGUCGACGGUGGAGUACCGUCGGAGUUCAAGCUGUCAGUAGGUCGCAAACAAGAGAGGAUUACAUCAGCCACAGGCCUAGCACGGCGCACGGCGAACGCAAUGAAGCCCAAACCGAGAAGGUGGUAUAAGUGAGCGGGGAGGGGGAGGUACCGUGGGUUCGACCCGGUAGUGGGUGUGAAGGUGCGCGCGGUUAGUAUCGAGGGUCGCGCAGCUGUAAACGGGGCAAAACCCCAACGACGGCAAGGUUGUUUAUAUCACACACAGGCAGGGCUAAAAAUCGAUGACGAUUAGUGCCGAACGGGGGAAAUACAUACACCAACCACCGCUGGCCGUCCCUUACACUGUUACCACGUACAGUGUGGACGAACACGGUCACACAAAUUACAACUAUCAUCAUUAUCGCAGAAGACUAAAAAAAAGCAAGAAUUGUAGUGAAUUGGAGGUUUUUGGUUGCUGUUGGUUUGGUUGGGACAAGGGUUCCUAAAGAAUCGCCGAAGAUCUGAUUCUCGGAAGUGGCGUCCACGUCCUCCACGAUCAGUACACUACCGCCAGCUAGCGGAGUGUGAAAGCGGUACCGUUUGUUCAGUGGUAAAGUUUUGUAGAAUUUGUCUGGAGAGCGAAAACCGGAAUCAAUCGGAUAUGGCGACCAGGGUAGCGGUGGUGCUCGGUUUGGUGUUGGCCAGCUUGAGACCGAUGGCAGUUGAUGGCAAGACCUAUAGAAAUUACUCGGAUAUUGGUGAACUGUCUAAGAAUCAUGCCAGCUUAUCGCUAUCCGAUAUACUGCCAACACAUCAGAAAACGUACGAUAAAAACCGAGCACCCAAGCUGCUAGGUCAACCGACAGUCGUCUACUUUCAUGUCACUGUCCUAUCGAUCGACUCCAUUAACGAGGAGUCCAUGACGUACGUAGCGGACAUCUUUUUGGCACAAAGUUGGCGUGAUCCUCGCCUACGGCUACCGGAAAACAUGAGCGAAGAGUACCGGAUACUGGACGUGGACUGGCUGCACAGUAUCUGGCGGCCGGACUGUUUCUUCAAGAACGCCAAAAAGGUAACAUUCCACGAGAUGAGCAUACCGAACCACUACCUCUGGCUGUACCACGACAAGACGCUGCUGUACAUGUCCAAGCUGACGCUCGUGCUGUCCUGUGCGAUGAAGUUCGAGUCCUACCCGCAUGAUACGCAGAUUUGUUCGAUGAUGAUCGAAAGUUGUAAGUAUGGGUUUUUUGGCUUUGAAGGGAACUUGCCGAAGCGUUGUCUGGUUUUACUGCGGAAUUGGAAGGAUUUUGCGGCAAUUCGAGGAAGACCCCGCUUGAAGAUGUCUGAGCAUUCGCAAGUUUCGUCUAUUCGUGAGUAUAGUAGAAUUUUUCUUGAGGAGGUGUGUGAUAGUAUUUAUUGUUUUAUCAUCUAGAUUGCGUGCCACAAAGGCGGCGUAGGCUGGGAAAUUGGAACUUGUUGGAGAACGUGUAUUUCUAGUU